GUUGUCAGCUCCGGCUGUGGAAAUGUUGACAUCAUGGGCGCGCUGAUCGAGCAGGUAAAAACGGCAGAGGCAGAAGCUUCUAACCCAGACGACAAGGCCAUGAUCGAGUCCGCCAUGUGCGCAGAAGGAACUAGCAAUGAGGAGCUCGAUGCUGUGCUCCAGAUGCUCGCCAGAACCGGCAUUUGUGCAGCGCAUCAUCG